AGAGGGAAGAUUUAACCUGUUGAGGUGUUUACAGAAUGAUUGUAGGUUAAAACUGCCUGAGCUCUUAUUAUUGAACACGUCACCAUGAGAUGCUCUUGAGGGACAGUUCCUAUUACAGUAAAAGUGUACUGUAAAUCAACACAAAAGAAUUAGAGUGGAUAUUAAUAAGAGAUCUGUGAAGCAACACUUCUCCAUCACGCACUGGCACAGCGUCACUAUAUAUCAACUGUAGCCGGAUUGAAACACUCAUUCGCUCAGAUCAGAGGAAGUUAACAAACACAGGAGGAGCUGAUGAUGUUUAGAGAAAGAGUUGUGAGCGUAUAAUGAAGAGGAAGACUGACAGAAACAGAAAAUGUCUGAUAAGUGUGAUCUGUGUCUGCUGGGACUGAUCAUUCUCUGCUCACUUCUCACAGGUACCAGUGGAGUGGAUGUGACUGAUGUGUUCAUCAGUUCUGGUGAAGAUGUCCGUCUGCCCUGUAAUAAUGCUCUUUCUGACUGCACAUCAACUACAUGGAACUAUAACAGUUUCAGACAUUCAGGGACAGUUGAACUGAUUAGUUUAGGGAAAAAGAGGAAAGACUCAGAGAGACAUGAGAGACUGAGUCUGGGGUCUGACUGCUCUCUGAACAUCAAGAACGUCACAAAAGAAGAUCCUGGAUUAUACACCUGCCAACAAUAUGUGAAUGGACAAAAACAAGGAACUGAUGCACGUGUUUAUCUGCAUGUUCUUCAUGUUUCAUCAUCAUCAUCAUCAUCAUCAUCCUCACAGACUGAGAUCAGUCCAGGUCGCUCUGUGACUCUCUCCUGUCAGUUGUAUUCAUAUGAUGGAUUCCUCUGUGAUCUUUGGGCCCAUUCUGAGGGAAUUCAUCUGUUGUGGGUGAAUCAGGCUGGUGUUGAUCUGACGACAGACUCCAGAUAUCAGAUAUCAGCUUCAGGAGUCUGUAUCAUCAAUCUGACUACAACACUCCUGAAGGAAGAUGACAACAGUGAGUGGAGAUGUCGGCUUACUCUCAGAAAACAUGUCAAGACCUCAGUCAGAUACACUGUCAAGUAUUCAGCUCAAGAUGAUUCAGUGACAGCAGUGAUUCCAGUCCACACCACAAACUCUCAGGAUCCCUCAACUAUAAAGACACCAGAAACUAAAGCUCAAGAUGUUACAACGACAGCAGUGAUUCCAGUCCACACCACAAACUCUCAGGAUCCCUCAACUAUAAAGACACCAGAAACUAAAGCUCAAGAUGUUACAACGACAGCAGUGAUUCCAGUCCACACCACAAACUCUCAGGAUCCCUCAACUAUAAAGACUCCAGAAACUAAAGUUGUACCGUCAACUACAGCAACAUCACUGAUCCCAGAAACUACACCAAACUCUCUGAAACCAGUCUCUCUCUCAGUGAUUGGGAUUGUUGGCGCUUCAUUCACUGUUCUCCUUCUUGCUCUAAUUCUCUGGGUGAUUCUUAAAAAAAGAGCAGAUAACAGAAGAAGGACUGAUGACUCUGUGGAGCAGAGAGAUGAUCAUGUGACUUACACUGAGGUCACUGUGUGCAGUAAAAACCAAGGCAAGAAGAAGGUUCACUGUGAUGAUAAAGUGACGUAUUCCUCCAUCAGAGGAGCAAAAGUUGGAGCUCCAGAAAACUGCAGUGAACUUUAUGCCUCUGUGAACAAGAACCAUCACAGUUGAAUAAUUAUACAAAAAACACAUGAGCAGAGGAAUAUGAAUCUAAUAUAAUAGACUCAUAAUGCUUUCUUUCAGUGCCAUUAUAAAUACUUUCAAUGUCUUUUAAAUGUUAACAAACAAACCCAAGUGAUGCUCUGAUUUAUUUUGCUCAGUUCAGCAUGUUAUUGUACAGUUUCUGUCUGCUUGUUGAUCAGUUAAUGCUAGUGUCUUUACAGUAGCACAAAGAAAAUGAGGACAGUUUUACUCUCUUAGAUCAUUCUCAUUAAAUCAUGUAUUUUCUCAAGCAGCUUAUUAACUGUCAGCUUAUUAUGAGAACAGGCAAAGCUUGAUGAUGUAAGUGUUUAUCACAAUAUGUCAGGAAUGAUAAUUUGGUGUUUGAACCGCUUGAGCAGCUGCUUUCAGCAAUGCUUGUAAUAUUAUAUUUUAUUUGUCAAUAAUAAAAUAGUCUAUGUCAAA